AUGAGAGAAUUGGCUAAAUUGUUACUAGAAUUGAAGACGCUGAAACCGUCACUUAAAAAUUUGAUGGAUUGUUUGAAACCUCAAAACUAUGAUCUAAUUGUUACUGCAACUAAAAAAGUAUCAAGUUACAAUUGUAAAACAGAUCGCUAUGGUGCUCCAACAUAUGCCAUGAACAUCAGCACUAGCCUAAAACAGUGUUGCAACAUAGCCAUAAUGACUGCAUUAAAAUCAGGCAGCAGUGUGGAAACUGCUGCAGUAGAGGCUGAUCUAAAGACGCUAAUUCAUCUCAUCAAGACUAAUUGGAAGUUUGAUGUUUCAAGCCAGGCCUGCAAUGACUUAAACUUAAAAAAAUGGAAUAAAAUUACAAUUGUUCCUCUUGCGAAAGACUUAAAACUCCUUAAAAAUUAUCUUUGCGAAAAAUCUAAGUCUGCAGCAUCUAAGUUAAUAGAAUCCGAAACUAGCAAUAUUGAAGCGUACAACACUCUAGAGACAGUUUACUGCCGCGUUCUUCUUCUCAACAGACGUCGGCCUGGUGAACUGCAACGUCUCCCACUCAGCAUCUACCAAGAGAGCAGCAAUGACAAAAGCGCAUAUGAGGAAUUUGACCGAGCUAUUUCAAGUGCGGAAAAAGUGUUGGUAAAUAGUUUUAAGCGUAUUGUUAUACGGGGUAAAAGAGGUCGAGGUGUGCCCGUUCUGUUGACUGACGAAGUCCAAAGUGACAUCAAUUUGCUUAUCUCUGUCUUGAAAAAGUAUGCCACUGCAAGUGGAGCUCGAAAUCCUGCAGCUAUUACUACGACUAAGCUACGCAAACAUUUGGCUACGUUGACUCAGAUGUUUAACCUUAAAGAAUCAGACAUUGAACAACUAGCUAACUUUAUGGGGCACACACAGGCUGUCCACAGACAAAACUAUAGAUUACCCGAUGACGUGUAUCAGACGGCCAAACUAUCAAAACUACUGCUGCUGAUGGAGAGUGGCAAAGCAGACUCUUAUAGAGGCAAAUGUUUGGAUGACAUAAACUUAGAUUUAGAACAAGAUUUACUAGAAAACGCACAGGGCCACGAUAAUUACGACAGUGAUGAAUUAAUAGAUUACGAUGCUGCAUUACCAACUGAAAAAUCAAAAGAAACGGAGUUCACAGACGAUAACCCUGUCCUUACUCCGCAGUCAACUCUACUUAGCGAUGCUACCAAUGCUACACAUAUUAAAACAAAGAAAAAAACGAAACCUUGUUCCUUGGACCACAGAACAGAAAAGUAUAGUUAA